AACCACAUGGAGACUAUGGAGUGCCGCCGCCCAGCAAGGCGACCCCCCCGCGCUGUCGCUGCUCCUGCAGCAGGCCUCCUCCUCCUCCUCUCCUUGCUCGUGCUUUCGAGCACCGUUGCAUCGUCGCCGGCAGCCAUGGCGGCGGCGGCGGCGGCGGCGGUGCGGGUGGGCGUGGUGCUGGACCUGACGAGCGACGCCGGGAGGGAGAGGCGCGACUGCAUUUCCAUGGCGUUGGACGACUUCUUCCUCGAGCACCCGAGCUACGCCCCGCGGGUGGAGCUGCUCGUCAGGGAUUCCCGUGGAGAGAUCGUCACGGCAUCGCAUGCAGCCAAGGACCUGAUCAACAAUGCCCAAGUGCAAGCCAUCAUCUGGGGUCCUCAGACACUGACCAAAGCAGAUCACAUCAUCCACCUGGGCCGCCGCAACAACAUUCCGGUUCUCUCCCUCUCCAGCAUCUCUUCAACAUCUUGUGCCUUCUGGCUUGAAGAUCCUAAAACAGCUUCUAGAGGCCGUGCCAAGUUUGGAUUUACGCUAGGAAGUGACACAAUCACCUUCAAUAGUCCAAAAACCGAUAGAAGAAACAGCAGAAAACUAGUAGCUGUAAAAGCAAAGAUCAAUUGCAGAGGUAAGACAAUGCUUAAGAUUGCUGUGCCGAAGAAAACCGGUUUUCGUGUUUUUGUGAAUGCUAUUGAUCCUAUUUCCAAGAAACAAAACAUCACUGGCUACAGCAUUGAUAUCUUCGAGGCAGCUAUGAGGAAUUUAAAUCCUCGUCCAUGCUAUAAAUUUGUUCUCUUCGAAGGUACUUAUGACGAACUAGUAGGCAACGUGUCUUUGGGGGUGUAUGAUGGAGCAGUAGGCGAUGUGACCAUAACCGCGGAACGAGUGAGUGGCACAGACUUUACAAUGCCAUACACACAGUCUGGUGUGUCUAUGCUUGUGCUCGCUGAGGAUGCACCUGAAACAAUCCGGUGGACAUUCGUGAAGCCUUUAAGUGGGAGGCUUUGGUUUGCAACUGCAGUCUCCUUCUUGUAUACUGGAUUUGUUGUGUGGAUGAUCGAACAACCCAGAAAUCAGGAGUACGAAGGAUCAUGUUUGAAACAGUGUAGCAAUGCCCUCUACUUCGUUUUCUCCACUUUGACAUUUUCUCAUGGUCAAAGCAUCAAAAGCCCCUUGUCAAAAAUUGUUGUGGUGAUAUGGUGUUUUGUAGUGCUCAUUCUAGUACAGAGCUAUACAGCAAGCUUGUCAUCCAUUCUGACCGCAAAGAGGCUCCGUCCUUCGGUGACAGAUCUGAACCAGCUCCGACUCAAUGGUGACUUUGUCGGAUACCAAGAUGGUUCAUUUGUGCGGUCCUUCUUGAUGAAUCAUAAUAUCAGUGAAACUAAGUUAAGGAACUACACAGACAAAGAAGAAUAUGCUGAUGCUUUGAAGAAGGGGUCCAAGAAUGGAGGGGUGUCGGCUAUCGUUGAUGAGAUCCCCUAUUUGACUUCUUUCCUCUCUGACCCUCGAUACAAAAUUGAUUUUAAGAUGCUCAGGUCCAUAUACAAGACUCCUGGAUUUGGUUUUGCAUUCCGUCUAGGUUCUCCACUAGUGCGCAAUCUUUCGACUGCCAUCCUGAACCUAGCAGGAGGGAACGAUGAGGGCUCAAAAAUUGAAGCAAAAUGGUUCGGUACAGCUUCACCACUGAUGGGUAAUGCUGGCACGGUCACCGACACCGAUUCCGCGCCACUCACUUUGCAGAGCUUCUCCGGGCUCUUCAUCAUCACGGGAUCCAUGUCCACUCUCAUGCUGCUGAUAAGCAUUGGGAGGCUGGUUCAUGCCAAGUGCACCGGGUUGAGAAAGGCCAAUGUGGUAAGCGACAGCUACAGUGCUGUCGACGAGGACUCCCAUCUGUCACAGAAUGGCAUGGGCGACAACCCCAUCCUUGAUCAACAACCCGUCCCUGAAUCCGGUGAUGAGGACUUGCGAGGUGUCCAUGAGAGCGGCGAAAAUGCUGGUGACACAGAGCCUGGGCCAGUGCAGCCGAAUGGCAGGCACAGUGGCUCUGUGCCUGCAGAACACAUUCAGAUUAUUGAGAUGGGGACUGUCCGGGACGAAUCUGUGAGGGAAGUGCCAGAUGCUCAGUGAAUGAUGUGAGACAUGAGUCCUGUUUUAGCAACAAUGUACUUGAAUGUUCCCUAGAUCCAUUUGUAAAUGAGUACUCUUUGUAAAUAGAUGGAUACCUGUACAUAAUCAUAGUCUUCAGCAUGUAAUUUCCUUAUUUUCACAGGAAUAUGUUAGAACAGUUUGUUCUUUACAAAUAGCUUACAAAUAUGAUGGUCACCUGACCAAUUUAACUAC